UAUCAUGGCACUAACUUGAAGGUUAUUGAUAGGAGAGUGAGGCUAGCAGAGUUGGUCUUGAGGUGUGUGAUCUGUUGUUUAGGAGUUCUUGCUGCUGUUCUUGUUGGUACAGAUACUCAAGUUAAAGAAAUCUUUUCAAUUGAAAAGAAAGCAAGAUUCACUGACAUGAAAGCUCUUGUCUUUUUGGUGGCAGCUAAUGGGAUAGCAGCAGCCUACUCAUUGGUUCAAGGGGUGCGCUGUGUUGUGGGCAUGGUUAAAGGAAGUGUUCUGUUUAGCAAACCCUUAGCUUGGGUUAUUUUCUCUGGUGAUCAGAUGAUGGCAUACCUGACCAUGUCUGCAGUGGCAGCUGCUGCACAAUCGGCAGCGUUUGCAAAGUUGGGACAGCCUGAUCUCCAAUGGAUGAAGACAUGCACCAUGUACGGAAAAUUCUGUAACCAGGUUGGUGAAGGAAUAGCAAGUGCGCUUUUGGUCAGUGUUAGCAUGGUUGUCUUGUCUUGUAUCUCCGCUUUCAGCCUCUUCCGCUUGUACGGUGGCAACAAGGGCAAGGAUGGGGCAAGGUGGUAGGUUCUCAGAGAUACCGUUUCUAGUCAUUGCACCACCAGAGAGUUCUAUAAUAUGGUGGCCUUUUGUUAGAUAUGAGAUGAGGGUGAAAAAAAAGAGUGCAUGCUUUGUGACUUAAAUGCUGCCAAUAAAUGAAUGCUGUGUGUUCUGUAGCAUUAUCUACAGAUUUGUGUCUUUGGCAAGCUUCCUCUAUCUCUAGCAUUAUAAUCAUUGUUGAAGUCCUCAAUUUUGUACUUCCUGUGAGAGACCAGAAUUCAUGUAUAAUUAUACUUUUCUUGGACCUGGAAA